AUGGCCCCCAGCGAUCCUUACCCCCUGCUGUUCGCGUCCUUCGACGACUCCGCUUUUGAAGUGCGUUUUAUUCUUAAUGCUUUUCUAAAUGACCUGUUCUACAGAAAAGCGCAGUUUAUCCUGAGCGCGCCUGCGGCUCGAAAGAGCGAGCAGCUUGAACUGCAUUCACUCAGCACCUCGUCAUCUCACAGCACGAAUUCGCUCCUAGAAAAAUCCGCUCGCGUCGCCAAGAGCGCAGGCGAGGAUCUCAGCGAAGCAGAAGCUCCCGUGCCUGCGGGGACAGUGAGAGCCGAGCUUACACCAGCUCCUUGGCGCGCCUCCUCCGAGCUGGGGGACGCCGAACGCGGACCCCGGAGUAGGCGGCCAAGGCGGGGCACCCUCGCGCCGGCGGGAGGAGCCCCGGAGACACUUUUUCCACGAGUUCCAUCAUCUCGAGUUCUGGAGCCGAGCCCCGGACUGGCAUGCCGAGGUCCGCAGCUGCGCUUACAGCCCGGUGAUGGGGGACGCUGCCUGGAGAGGACCCUGACAACCCGAGAGGGAAGUUUUCUGCAAAUGGGCACAGCUGUAGAUGCAGGACUGAUGCCAUCUGGUGCAAUUCCACAGAAUAAGAGAGAAAAUUUACCCAGAGUGUGCCAUGUACUGGCUUUUCUGGGAAUGACAAGGUGCCAGGAUUUGUUUUUGGUUCACUUGCAGGGGUGGGAACUUGGAAGUAGAUGGGAAUCUUGCUUUCCUAUUGGGAAUCAAGAUGGACUGCUGUCUCGAAGUUGCCGGACUGAAUGGUGGCUUAAACAAAGUAGGGGUUUCGUUUUGUUCUUGUGUGACAAGGAGGUUGGGGGCAGGCUAUUGCUGGUGUUGGUUCAGCAACUCACAGGUAUCAGGGUCAAGGUGGCCCCUCCUGAGCUCCCCUUGGCUUUUCCCUCAGGUUCUAAGACAGUUGCUUCAACUCCCCACAAGAAGAUGGAGGAAGCCCAAAGGGAAAACAGGGCGUGCCAGUGUGAAUCCACUUCCUUUAAAGAGCUUUCUCAGCAGCCUAACAACUUUUGCUUACAUCUCAUUGGCCAGACUGUGUCAUUGGCUACUGCUAUGAGAAAUGUAAUUUUUGUAGCUGGACAUAUAACUGCCUUCAACUAAAAUCUGAGUUCUCUUGAUAAGGAAGAAGACGAUGGUGGAUCUUGGGUGGACAACCAGCAGUCUGUGCCCUGGCUACAGAAUACAGCUGUAAAGGAGUAUAAGGUCUGAAACAGAUCAAAACUACAGCUCCUUCACGCCUGGCAACACUCCAAAGAACCGGGCUCUGCUCUGAGGAAGUGAGCAGAGUGAAGACAUGCUAGGUUUUCUCACGAAACACAUGCCAGGACUGACCUCUCUCAGCCAAUAUAUUUGCCCCACAUCAGGAUUUUCUAGAGGAGGACCUGGGAAACCUGCACACUUUCUUGGUGGACAUAAUCUCUUUAUGGAGGUUUAGAAUGGGAUAAAGAAUGUUUCACCUUGCUACUUCCCCAUCUGCCUUGUUUAUCUCUUCCCUAAUUUUCCUGACAGAUUUUUGGUGGAGCCUGGUUUGUGUAUUUGAUCCCCAUAAAAGGAUCAUCCUUUUCAUGCACAGGGCAGGGUAAUCUAUGAAAAGAAACGCUACUUGACUCCCUUCUCUGACUCCACCCCACCCUAGGAAUAUCCUGGGAGAAGAAUUGCUUCUCAAAGCUGCUUCCAUAAGCAGCCUACAUCCUGGCUAAGCGAAGGGAGAAGAAACACUUCCCACAUCCAGGGCUGUCCAAAGGAACUUUCUGUGAUGACAGAAAUGUUCUGUAUCUUCACUGUCUCCUACAGUAGCCACUAGCAACAUGCGGCUAGUGAACACUUGAAAUGUGGGUAGUGUGACUGAGGAAGUAAUUUUAAGAAUUUUAGUUAGUUUUAAAGAAUUUAAAUGUAAAUAGCCACUUGCGGCUAGUGGCUAUUGUAUUGUAUAGCACAGUAGACACUUUUCUGUUUCUUGUGCUUAGAACUAGCUGGGAGAGGUUUGAACCAGUCAUGUGCUUGGUGUUCCGUGAUCUUCACUACUCCAUGUUGCCAUUGAACUUGUCUCCCAGAGGAGAAAUGAUAUUUUGGAACUAAAUUCAAGAUAUUAACUUCACAUCGACACAUUGCACAUGUUCCUGUGUAAACACAAUGGUCUCCUGGGAAUAGGGCCUGUGAUUGGCUUUAGUGGUGGUUGGUAAUGGAAAAAUGGUGGUGUCAAUCCACUUCACGUUCCUAGUGAACAUUUUGUAUUGCUAGUCAGAGUGAGUCAGCAGAGAUUAUUUCAUUCUGUUGUGCAAUUCAUUCUGUUAUUUUAUUUUUAUAAUAUUGUGGCUGCUAAAAUGAUUAUGCCGUGUAUGUUUUUCAAAAUACUUAGUGGUUUAUAUUUUUUAAAAGGCUGUGAAA